CAAUCAUAGUACAUCUAUUUGAAUGAAAUGUAAUCAAUAGAACUCUGCAGUCAUGGUUCCGUCAGUCACCCAAUGCCUCUCUCCCCACCCUCUCCCUGUCCCUCUCACCAACGACAACACCGCCAGCCUUACCCACCACCGCCGCCGCCUUCUCCACCACUUAACACAAUGCACUUCAAUCUCUCACCUCAAACAAAUCCACGCCCACACCCUCCGUACAUCACCAACCCAACACAACCACUACCUCACCCUCUUCCUCCUCAGCCGAAUCCUCCACUCCUCGAUUCCCCACGACCUCGACUACGCCUUUCGAGUUUUCCGCCAAAUCGACGAACCCAAUUCCUUUGCGUGGAACACCCUCAUCAGAGCCUGCGCUCGCAGCCGGGACCGCAAAAAACAUGCCAUCCUAACUUACUACGACAUGAUGAGUGGUGCAACUGUUGGCCCUGAUAAGCACACGUUUCCCUUCGUCCUCAAGGCCUGCGCGUACCUCUUUUGUUUAUCCGAAGGGAAACAGACGCACGCCCAAGUUUUGAAACUUGGGUUUGAUUCUGAUGUUUACGUGAACAACAGUUUGAUACAUUUUUAUGGGUCUUGUGGGUGUUUGGACUGUGCGCGGGAGGUGUUUGAGAAAAUGCCCGAAAGAAGCGUGGUUUCGUGGAAUGUUAUGAUUGAUGCACUUGUGCAGGCGGGCGAGUUUGAGAGUGCGUUGAAACUGUUUAAUGAAAUGCAGCGGAGCUCGUUUGAACCGGACCGGUAUACGCUGCAGAGCGUUGUGAACGCUUGUGCCGGUUUGGGGGCUUUGGCUUUGGGAAUGUGGGUUCAUGCUUAUGUUGCGAGAAAGUGCAGUAGCGAUGUGGGUGAUGGUGUGUUGUUGAACUCCUCGCUUGUGGAGAUGUACUGCAAAUGUGGGUCGUUAGAGAUUGCUGAGCAGGUUUUCGAGAGGAUGCAUAAGCGUGACGUAAGUUCUUGGAAUUCGAUGAUUUUGGGACUUGCUAUGCACGGCCAAGCUGAGGCAGCAUUAGAUUAUUUUGCUCGUAUGGUCAAUGAAGGUUUCAUGCCCAAUUCUGUCACGUUUGUAGGUGUUUUAAACACGUGCAACCAUAGGGGCUUGGUUUCUGAGGGUCGAAAGUAUUUUGAUACAAUGAUUAGGGAUUACAAGAUAGAACCUGUGUUAGAGCACUAUGGUUGCCUAGUUGAUCUUCUUGCUCGUGCUGGCUUUAUUGACGAGGCAUUAGACCUUGUGUCAAACAUGCCUGUGAAACCCGAUGUGGUGAUAUGGCGGAGCCUUCUUGAUGCUUGUUGCAAGAAUAACGCAGGUGUGGAGCUCAGUGAAGAAGUCUUCAAGAGAAUUAUUGAGUCAGAAGGGGGUGAUUGUAGCGGUGUUUAUGUGCUUUUGUCUAGGGUCUAUGGAUCUGCUAAGAGGUGGCAUGACGUUGGGUUAGUCAGGAAAAUGAUGAGUGAUAAGGGCGUGACAAAAGAGCCUGGUUGUAGCUCAAUUGAGAUGGAUGGUGUUGCUCAUGAAUUUUUUGCUGGAGACACGUCUCAUCCCCAAACAAAAGAAAUUUACACCAUUUUGGAUGCGAUUGAGGAGAGACUCGAGUCAAUUGGUUAUGUACCUGACUUUUCGCAAGCAUCUCUAGUUGAUGAGCUUGAUAAUGGGAAAAAGCAAUCACUGAGGCUGCACAGCGAGAGACUUGCCAUAGCCUUUGGCCUUUUGAACGCGAAGCCAGGCGUGCCAAUCCGUAUAUUUAAGAACCUCCGGGUAUGUAAUGAUUGUCAUAAUGUGACAAAAUUAAUCUCUAGUAUAUAUGAUGUAGAAAUUAUUGUUCGAGAUCGUGCUCGAUUCCAUCACUUCAAACGUGGCUCAUGCUCAUGUAUGGAUUAUUGGUGACAUUUUGUUUUCUCGUAUGUUGUAUGAGAUUAUCCAAAGCCAAUAGAAAUAAAAUUACAUUAAAUAGAGCUUUCAGUGA